AUGUCCAUUGCUCUUUCUCUCCCACUGCUUAAUCCUUAUCUGGACAGCAACGCCACAUUCGAUCAUGGUGCCAACUUUGCGGUAGCCGGAAGUACAGCAUUGGACUAUACUUUCUUCACCGCAAAGGGCAUUUAUAAUCCAUUCACUAAUAUUUCCUUGGGUGAUCAGCUUAACUGGUUUAAAUUCCAUCUCAACACCAUCUGCCAAGCACCAGCAGAAUGUGAGGAGCUGCUUAGCAAGGCUCUUGUCUUUGUGGGCGAGAUCGGAGGCAAUGAUCUUAACUAUGCUAUCAUUCAAGGCAAAUCCAUUCAAGAGAUUCACACUUAUCAGCCAUAUAUCAUAGAGGAAGUGAUACACCUUGGUGCUGUGAAUAUCAUAGUUCCCGGAAAUCUUCCAAUGGGAUGCAUACCGGCCGGCCUGACAAUAGUCUCUGGUAGUGAUGUGACGGCCUAUGAUGAUAUGGGAUGCUCAAAAGAAUUAAAUGAGCUAGUAUUGGUUCAGAAUAACUAUCUUCAGCAGUCUUUGGCCUUACUCAGGCUAGAAUUUCCUCACGCUAAUAUAAUUUAUGCCGACUACUAUGCAGCUUACCAAACAAUUCUUCAUCAUGCAGUUGAUUUCGGGUUCGACGAAAAAUCACUAUUAAGAUCAUGUUGUGGAAUUGGAGGGCUAUACAACUACGAUCAGAACAGAGUAUGUGGGUCUAGUGGUGUGCCUUUUUGUCGUAAUCAUGCUCAAUACAUAAGCUGGGAUGGAGUCCAUUUGACUCAGGAAGCCUACCGUCUUAUUACAGAAAUUCUCUUACCCGAUAUCUUCCCUAGAAUACGAUACAUUUAGUAGUUUGACUAUAUGCAAAGUUUGGAUUGUUACAGAAUGUAAAGUGGUUAAGGUGAGGAAGUUAUUGUACACGAAAAUUCAAGCAUGAAAGUACUGUAUGACCAUCAAUUUAUGAUAAAGGGUGUAAUCACUGCAAUAUUUAUAAAUGAAAGUAAUC